AUGCCAGCCGUACAGGGCCACGGCUUUAUUGUGGAGCUUGCUGCGCACACUGUCGACCACGAAAUCUGGGGCAAGUACGACUUCGAAAAGUAUGGCUUUGGCCCUAACGGCACGUUGGGCUUCUUUAAGGACACGUAUCCCACCAAGGGCUACGACUCGCUUGGCGAAUUCAUCGCCAAGAACCAAGAGCUUUAUAGUAGCGACAUUGAUCCCGAUUGCGGUUGGACGGUCUACAAGGAUUCUGCUCGCUCGGCACUGCCGACACAGCUCGAGUACACGGGCUUCACGCACCCCGGUCCCUGCGAGAUCUGGUGCGACGACACGAAAUUGCUGUUCGACUAUGACUGCUGGACCAAGUACCCCGCCAUCCCGGCCAAGAUUCCGUACGAUAAAUCCAAGUGCGCGAAUGCCAACCGCCUCACGAUUUUUUGGAUUGGAAUCCACGGAACUCCGUGGCAAAUCUACACGGACUGUGUGUGGCUAAAGGGCGGAUCUGGAAGAGGAGAACCCCCUUCCGCUGUUGGUCCCGGGGCAUCGAAAGUCGCUGCCGGUUCCGGCUCGAGUUCGACGCCGACUACGAAUGCGCCGACGCCGACUACGAAUGCGCCGACGCCGACUACAACGAAUGCACCGGCCAACACACCCAACACAGCAACAACAGUGCCAAGCACCCCCACAAAUGACGCGUCGCGUGAAACUGCAGCCGAGCUAUCAGAUCCUACAACUUUCGACGUUGGAGAGCGUCGACCUGGACGGACGAGGGCUGAAGUCAAGAACACGAACGACAACUACAAGCACAAGUACGCAUACGUGAGCGACGAGACGUACGAGCAGCAGGUGUUACGGGUUACAAUUAGGAGCGGUUACAAGGUUACUGGAUCCAAUGGUAAAAACGCGACGGACGGUGGUGACCGGCGGUAUGACCACGCGGUCAGGGCGCACGCCGAGACGCACGGACACGACCCGGACGGCACCGGAAGCUCGGACGACUACAGGAAGGACGACGGACGCCACGACAGAAGCGGGAGAUGCACCGCAACAGGCACCUGCCACAGAGGCAGCGAGUAA